CCCUUCCUUCCUUGUUGUGCCGGUGGCCCUGUCCUGAGCAUAAUAGAAAUCGUAGGAACCAUGGCUGCGCUAAGGAUCACCUCUUGUCGAAUUGUAAACAGCCUACGGGGACCAGUCCCUGCCAAUACUGCUGGCAUAGCAACAACCAGCAUCAUGAAAACUAAAAUAGGAACUACAAAGGUUAAGCAGUUUAUCGAAGGCCUGAGUAAGUUCAAGCCCUCUGAGACACCAGGAAAGGAUCUCAAAUUUGGAAGAAGUUUGGGAAGUAAGGAAGGUGUCCGCAAAGAAGCAGAUACGUUUGGAGAACUAGAAGUGCCAAACUCGAAGUACUAUGGCGCCCAGACGGUUCGCUCUGUCAUGAAUUUUCCAAUUGGUGGGGAGACAGAGCGUAUGCCCCUGCCUGUCAUAAAGGCAUUUGGAGUUCUGAAGAAAGCAGCAGCAGAAGUUAAUAAAGAAUAUGGCUUAGAUCCAGUCGUAGCUGAUGCUAUUUCCCAAGCAGCAGAUCAGGUCAUUAGUGGGGAGCUCUAUGAUGAACACUUCCCCCUUGUUAUCUGGCAGACAGGUUCCGGGACGCAGUCAAACAUGAACACUAAUGAAGUUAUCGCUAAUAGGGCUAUUGAAAUUCUUGGAGGAGAACUGGGUUCCAAGUCACCUGUGCAUCCUAAUGACCAUGUCAACAAAAGUCAGAGUUCAAAUGAUACCUACCCUACUGCAAUGCACAUAGCAACAGCAGUUGAAAUUCAUAAUACACUUCUCCCCGGCCUCGUAGCUUUGCACAAAGCUUUGGAUGCUAAAGCUAAAGAAUUUGCUGACAUAAUUAAGAUUGGUAGAACCCAUACUCAGGAUGCCACUCCGUUAACUUUAGGGCAAGAAUUUGGUGGGUAUGCACAACAAAUAGAGUUCGGCAUCGAACGUGUAAAAACUUGUCUGCCUAGAAUUUAUCUUCUAGCUGCUGGAGGUACUGCUGUAGGCACUGGUCUAAACACAAGGAUUGGUUUUGCUGAAAAGGUGGCAGCUAAGGUGUCAGAACUUACAGGAUUGCCCUUUGAGACUGCUCCUAACAAAUUUGAAGCCCUGGCUGCCCAUGAUGCAUUGGUUGAGGUGUCAGGAGCUCUCAAUGUAGUGGCAUGUUCCAUCAUGAAAAUUGCUAAUGACAUCAGAUUUCUUGCUUCAGGCCCUCGAUGUGGUCUUGGAGAAAUUUCUCUUCCAGAAAAUGAACCAGGAUCUUCCAUUAUGCCAGGGAAAGUCAAUCCAACUCAGUGUGAAGCAAUUACAAUGGUUGCUGCUCAGGUAAUGGGAAAUCAUGUUGCAGUCACUGUAGGAGGUUCAAACGGUCACUUUGAACUCAACGUUUUUAAACCAAUGAUGGUUGCAAAUGUCUUGAGGUCCAUUCGAUUAAUUGGCGACAGCUCCCAUGCCUUUGUUAAUAAUUGCGUUGUUGGAAUUGAAGCUAAUCGUGAAAGAAUACACAAGCUUCUUCAUGAGUCGCUGAUGUUAGUUACUGCAUUAAAUCCUCACAUUGGAUAUGACAAGGCUGCAAAGAUUGCAAAAACAGCUCACAAGGAGGGUACAACUUUGAAGGAAUCAGCAUUAAACCUAGGCUACCUAACGGAAGAGGAAUUCGCAAAGUGGGUACGACCUGAGGAUAUGCUGGGACCUAAGUAAAAGAAUUUCACAAGGUGCAUGAUACUCUUUAAUGGUCAUUGACAAAUAAGAUUAUUUGUACUAAGUCCUGAACAGUGAGAUACAAUCAUAGAUUCUGUAACAUGUUUCUCUUUAUGGGGCAAAAGUUAGUCAUCCAUUUGAGGCCAAAUCUCUAAUGUUAAUAUUAUAAUUCUUUGGAAAAAACAGGAUAGUCUGUAAAAUGUUUGAUGUGGGUAUUAUAACAGAACACUGCACAUAAGUGUAGGUAGAGUUUUUUAUGCAAAUGUAUUAUAAUGUUAAAAGAAAUUUUGAACUAUUUUCAUAUGGCUUAUGUCAGGAAUGUAUAUUAAAUGAUAAUGUUGUUAAAGGUUUAUUUUGUUGUUUUGAUAUAUAUUUUUUUUUCAAGGUGAAAACACCUAGGUGAUUAAGCACUGUACAUAACAUUAUCUUUGGUGUCUGAAUAUUUAGUUGCAAAAAAUUUACAUAAGAAUUUAUGUUCAUCAA